AUGGCCGCGUGCAACGACGGCGUAUUCACGCCCGUCUCCGAUUGCCGCUUCUUUGGCUUUACCGUCACCUUCUCCAACGCCAUCUUUGCUAUUUUGCCCUCGAGCAUCGCCAUCGUGAUUCUCCCGGCUAGGCUCUUCCAUAUUCGCAAUAAGCCAGACAUUCCCACUGCUUCGAUCCAGCCUCAGCUCUCGCUCUUGCGAUCGUGCGCACCCCACUCCGACUCUAUCAGUCUCUUCAGCGCUUUUAUCUAUGCCGCCAAUGCUCUACUCAACCUGGUGCAUGUCGCCAAUCUGGCGGUUCCCUCCAAUCGACCCCUUCGACAUGCGAUAGACGACCGCACUGGCAUGUCCGGCGUAGUGCUAUCUCUCCUCGUGUCGCUGCUUGUCGUUCCUCUCUCGGUGGCCGAACGAAGAAAGACCCGAGGCGGCAACAUAGUGCUUCCUCUUUCUCUCUUCUCGUCUCUCCUCUUCAUCGCAUACCGCAUUCGCACCUUCAACGCAAUCCCAGCCAUCCGACACUCUUCCUUCUUCUGCAUCUAA